AUGUUUACACUAUCUAUUUAUCUAUCUAUCUAUCUAUCUAUCUAUCUAUCUAUCUGCCUAUUAUUUAUCUAUCUCAGUCUGUUUAUAUCUAUCACAACCGUUCAUAUCUAUCUAUCUAUCUAUCUAUCUAUCUCAGCCUGUUCAUAUUUAUCUCCUUAUAGCAGCCUGUUUAUAUCUGCCUAUCUCAACCUGUUCAUAUCUAUCUAUUUAUCUAUCUAUCUAUCUAUCUAUCUAUCUAUCUAUCUAUCUAUCUAUCUACCUACCUACCUACCUACCUACCAAUAUGUGAAGUUUCUUUUUCUCGCUCUCUCUCUCUCUCUCUUUUCCUUCUACCGUUCUUUCUCUUCUCUUGGUUUCUUGCUAUCUAUCAUUCUGUCUGUUUUACGUCCUCUUUCUCUUUGUUUUCGUUUAUCCCUUUCUCUACCUCUCGCUAUUUUCAUUUCUUUCUCUCUCUCUCUCUUUCUUAUUGCUCGUUCUUUUGAGUCUCGUUCUCUCGUUUUCUCAUUCCUCUCCUUUUUGCAGUUCAUGCUUUCUUUUCUUCUCUUAGUUGAUUUCUCUUCUCUCUUUCUCUUUCGUCUCUUUUUUUGUUUAUCUGUUUUUAUUCUCUUCCUCGCUCUCUUUAAUAUCUCUGACUUUCUUUAUUCAAUCUCUCUCUCUCUCUCUCUCUCUCAUUCAACUUACUCUUUCUAUCUUCUCUAUUUAUUUCUCGUUCUCUUUAUAAUUAAUCAUUUUCCCUAUUUAUGCUUCCUUUUCUAUAUCUUUUCUCUCUCUUUUUUUUCUUUCUCCCUCUUUUCCCAUGAAAUUUUUUAUCUAUCUACCUCUCUCUCUCUCUCUCUCUCAUUUUCGGUUGUUCUCCCCUCCAUUUUAAUGUUUUUUCAUUCUCUCUAA